GGCGACCGGAAGAGGGCGCCAAAGGCUGGCGGAGGACCCAGCGCCGAGCGCGCGGGACCAUAGAGACGGGAAAGGGGCGCGAGCGGCACUGCCGGAAGGAAGGCCCAGAGCGGGGGCGGCGCGGCAAGAUGGCGGCCACCAAGAGGAAGCGGCGUGGAGGCCUGGCGGUCCCGGCGAAGAGGCCGAGAAAGAACGGAAAAGAUGCCAGGCCUCCAGCGAAGCCGCGCGACAAGGCAGAGGAAGCGGAGGAAGAAGACAGGAAUCGCAUCCCAGGCCCCGUUUGCAAGGGCAAGUGGAAAAAUAAGGAACGGAUUCUCAUCUUUUCUUCCAGAGGAAUAAAUUUCAGAACAAGACAUUUAAUGCAAGACUUAAGAAUGUUGAUGCCUCAUUCUAAAGCAGAUACUAAAAUGGAUCGUAAAGAUAAGUUAUUUGUGAUUAAUGAGGUUUGUGAGAUGAAAAACUGCAAUAAAUGUAUCUAUUUUGAAGCUAAGAAGAAACAAGAUCUCUAUAUGUGGCUUUCAAAUUCACCUCAUGGACCAUCUGCUAAAUUCCUAGUUCAAAAUAUUCAUACCCUCGCUGAACUAAAGAUGACUGGAAACUGUUUGAAAGGUUCUCGGCCCCUUUUGUCUUUUGACCCUGCUUUUGAUGAAUCACCACAUUAUGCUUUGCUAAAAGAACUCUUAAUUCAGAUCUUUAGUACACCACGCUACCAUCCCAAAAGCCAACCAUUUGUGGACCACGUAUUUACUUUCACUGUUUUGGAUAAUAGGAUAUGGUUUCGGAACUUUCAGAUCAUAGAAGAAGAUGCUGCUCUUGUAGAAAUAGGACCUCGCUUUGUCUUAAAUCUCAUAAAGAUUUUCCAGGGAAGUUUUGGAGGACCAACUUUAUAUGAAAAUCCUCACUACCAGUCACCAAACAUGCAUCGGCGUGUCAUAAGAUCCAUCACAGCUGCAAAAUAUAAGGAGAAACAGCAGGUUAAAGAGGCACAAAAACUGAGAAAGAAAGAACCAAAGACUAUUCUUCCACAUGAUCCCACUGCAGAUGUUUUUGUUACACCAGCUGAGGAAAAACCUAUAGAAAUACAGUGGAUAAAACCAGAGCCAAAAGUUGAUUUGAAGGCAAGAAAGAAAAGGGUUUACAAAAGACAAAGAAAAAUGAAACAGAAGGUGAACAGUGGAAAUGCAAAAUGAAUCACUGGAUAACUAAUUUUUCAGUUAUUUUAUAUUAUUUUGUAUUCAAUGUGUAAAUACUUUUAUUAUUCAGGACUAUCUUACAUCUAAUUAGUGUGGCAUUUAAAAGAAAAAAUUAAAAUCUUGUGGCUUUGGGAGUAUCUUUUUCUAAAUAAAAUAUCCCUAGAACUCAA